AUGACACUUGCGAGGUACCCCAAAGCAGUAGUUUUUGAUCUAGACUAUACUUUAUGGCCAUGUUGGUGUGAUACCCACAUUGUGACCCCAUUGAAAUCGGUAUCGCCGACCACUGUUGCUGAUCGUUACGAUUUUCAGCUAUCAUUUUAUAAGGAUGUCGAAUCAAUUAUUCGGGAACUAGUGGAAAACAAUGUGAAAAUUAUAGCUGCUAGUAGAACUGGAACACCCCAUGUUGCCAAACAGCUAUUAUCAAUGUUGCAUAUUCACGGAAGACCAGCAAUUAGAUACUUUCAUAGUUUACAAUGGGGCACUGGAUCAAAAACAAAGCAUAUCAAAAAGGCAGCGAAAAAUCUAAAAAUGACAACAGAGCUAACAGACGGUGAAUUCAUUUUGUUUGACGACGAGUUGAGAAACCGAGACGUCGAGUCGAUUAAUUGCCAUUUUGCUCAUGUUCCUGAUGAAUCAGUUGGCUUAACACGACAUAUUUUUGUACAAGGAUUGACACAAUGGAACAAACGGAAUUUAUAG